UCUACAGUCAAAUCAAAAAUGUUUUGGACUAUAGUACACUGUUUGGUUAUACUGUGUAUAGCUUUUGGGUUGGGAUCUGGACAAGGGUUUGGAUUUGGUGGCGGAUACGACGGUGGUCAUAAGAAAGUUGUCAUCAAAACUGUACAUGGAUCUGGAGGAGGGUCGGGAUCUGGAGCAGGGUUUGGAUUUGGUGACGGAUACGGCCAUGGUCAUAGGAAAGUUGUCAUCAAAACUGUUCAUGAAUCUACAGGAGCAGGGUUAGGAUCUGGAGCAGGGUUUGGAUUUGGUGACGGAUACGGCCAUGGUCAUAAGAAAGUUGUCAUCCACACUGUCCAUGGAUCUGGAGCAGGAUUGGGAUCUGGAGCAGGGUUUGGAUUUGGUGACGGUUACGGCAGUGGUCAUAAGAAAGUUGUCAUCCACACUGUCCAUGGAUCUGGAGCAGGGUUGGGAUCUGGAGCAGGGUUUGGAUUUGGUGACGGAUACGGCAGUGGUCAUAGGAAAGUUGUCAUCAAAACUGUCCAUAGAUCUAGAGGAGCAGGGUUUGGAUUUGGUGACGGUUACGGCAUUGGUCAUAAGAAAGUUGUCAUCCACACUGUCCAUGGAUCUGGAGCAGGGUUGGGAUUUGGUGACGGAUACGGCAGUAGUCAUAAAAAAGUUGUCAUCAAAACUGUCCAUGGAUCUGGAGCAGGGUUGGGAUCUGGAGCAGGGUUUGGAUUUGGUGACGGAAACGGCAGUGGUCAUAAGAAAGUUGUCAUCAAAACUGUCCAUGGAUCUGGAGCAGGGUUGGGAUCUGGUGACGGAUACGGCAGUGGUCAUAAAAAAGUUGUUAUCAAAAGUAUCCAUAGAUCUGGAGCAGGGUUUGGAUCUGGUGACGGAUACGGUAGUGGUCAUAAGAAAGUUGUCAUCAAAACUACCCAUAGAUCUGGAGCAGGGUUGGGAUCUGGUGACGGAUACGGCAGUGGUCAUAAGAAAGUUGUCAUCAAAACUGUCCAUGGAUCUGGAGCAGGGUUGGGAUCUGGUGACGGAUACGGCCAUGGUCAUAAGAAAGUUGUCAUCAAAACUGUUCAUCAUACCGGAAAUAGAUAUAGAUAUAGGAAGAGUAGAUACGGUUGUGUUCCUUUCAAGCAAAAUAUUGUCAUACAUCGAAGACAAAAUGGAUAUGGCGGAUAUCAUGGUAAAAAGAACACAGUUGUACAGAUUUUGCCGUUUGGAUAUAAGGGAAAAGGAUAUAACACAUAUAAUAAUGGAUAUGGUUCUGGUGACGAUUACAGUCAUGGCAGUGGCCAUAAGACAGUUGUAAUUAAAACUGCCCAUCAAACUGGAUCGGGAUAUGGAUCUGGUGGCGUAUUCGGCAGUGGAAAUAAGAAAGUUGUCGUCAAAACUGUCCAUGGAUCUGGAACAGGGUUGGGAUCUGGUGACGGAUACGGCAGUGGUCAUAAGAAAGUUGUCAUCAAAACUGUCCAUGGAUCUGGAGCAGGGUUUGGAUCUGGAGCAGGGUAUGGAUCUGGUGGCGUAUACGGCCAUGGUAAUAAGAAAGUUGUGAUCAAAACUGUCCAUGGAUCUGGAACAGGUUUUGGAUCUGGUGACGGAUACGGCAGUGGUCAUAAGACAGUUGUCACGAAAAGUAUCCAUGGAUCUGGAACAGGGUUGGGAUCUGGUUACGGAUACGGUAGUGGUCAUAAGAAAGUUGUCAUCAAUACUGUCCAUGGAUCUGGAGCAGGGUUUGGAUCUGGAGCAGGGUAUGGAUCUGGAGCAGGGUAUGGAUCUGGUGGCGUAUACGGCCAUGGUAAUAAUAAAGUUGUGAUCAAAACUGUUCAUGGAUCUGGUGACGGAUACGGCAGUGGUCAUAAGACAGUUGUCACGAAAAGUAUCCAUGGAUCUGGAACAGGGUUGGGAUCUGGUGGCGGAUACGGUAGUGGUCAUAAGAAAGUUGUUAUCAAAACUGUCCAUGGAUCUAGAGCCGGGUUGGGAUCUGGAACAGGGUAUGGAUCUGGAGCAGGGUAUGGAUCUGGUGACGGAUACGGUAGUGUUCAUAAGAAAGUUGUCAUCAAUACUGUCCAUGGAUCUGGAACAGGGUAUGGAUCUGGAACAGGGUUGGGAUUUGGUAGCGGAUACGGUAGUGGUCAUAAGAAAGUUGUGAUCAAAACUGUCCAUGGAUCUGGAGCAGGGUUAGGAUCUGGAACAGGGUAUGGAUCUGGAGCAGGGUAUGGAUCUGGUGACGGAUACGGCAGUGGUCAUAAGAAAGUUGUCAUUCAAACUGUCCAUGGAACUGGAACAGGUUAUGGAUCUAAUGACGGAUAUCUCCAUGGUGGAUAAUAAUUGCACAGAGAAUAAAGACAAUAUUUUAAUCAGCUGUUUCUAAUUAUCCGUUAAAAUGAUAAUUGGUAUAUUAUAAUAAACUGCAUCAAUAUCGA